UUUGNNNNCUUGGUUUUCUGUCUUCAUUAAUUUGCUUCAUUGAUAGUUUGUGGAUGAAUCUUUCCUCUAUUUGAGUCUAAUAUCACUUCCUUCUGUGGUGCACAAUAUCUGUAACUCAUGAUUUGUACGAAGCUAUUAAAAUUGGACUAUCCCAUGUAUCAAUUUGAUUCGAGUAAUUCUACAAAGUUUGCAUAUUAAUUUUCUUACUGUAAAUAGGUUAACUAAAUGCAGAAAAUUAAGAGUGUAGAUUAAGCAUACUUCACCAUGGGGAAGUCAUUAGAUUAUGAAAAUUUGAAUGAAAACGUGAAGAAAUGUCAGUAUGCAGUCCGAGGUGAGCUUUAUCUUCGGGCUUCUGAGCUUCAGAAGGAGGGAAAGAAGAUUAUCUUUACAAAUGUUGGCAAUCCUCAUGCUCUUGGGCAGAAACCUCUGACAUUUCCUCGUCAGGUGAUUGCUCUCUGCCAAGCUCCAUUCCUGCUUGAUGAUCCAAAUGUAGGACUCAUGUUUCCAGCUGAUGCCAUUGCUAAAGCUAAACAUUAUCUUUCACUUACUUCAGGGGGUUUAGGUGCUUACAGUGAUUCACGUGGCCUUCCUGGAAUAAGAAAAGAAGUGGCUGAAUUUAUCGAGAGACGGGAUAAAUAUCCCAGUGACCCGGAACUCAUAUUCCUAACAGAUGGUGCUAGCAAAGGAGUCAUGCAAAUCCUACAAGCCAUCAUUCGUGGUCCAGCCGAUGGGAUAUUGGUUCCUGUUCCACAAUAUCCACUUUACUCUGCCACAAUAGCUUUAAUGGGUGGUUCACUUGUUCCGUAUUAUCUCGAGGAGACUGCAAAUUGGGGUCUUGAUGUUCGAGGCAUGGUGAUUAUAAAUCCGGGAAAUCCUACUGGGCAGUGUCUUAGCGAAACAAAUCUUAGAGAGGUUAUAAAUUUCUGUUACCAAAACAAUUUAGUGUUGCUUGGAGAUGAAGUCUAUCAGCAGAACAUUUACCAAGAUGAGCGCCCCUUUGUAAGCUCAAGGAAGGUUCUUAUGGAGAUGGGCCCACCCAUAAGCAAUGAGCUUGAGCUAGUUUCUUUUCACACAAUCUCGAAAGGGUAUUGGGGGGAAUGUGGCCAGCGUGGUGGCUACUUUGAGAUGACCAAUAUUUCUCCCAAGACAGUGGAGGAAAUAUACAAAGUUGCUUCCAUAUCACUCAGUCCAAAUGUGCCUGCACAAAUACUUAUGGGAAUUAUGGUCAACCCUCCUAAACCUGGUGAUAUAUCUUACGAAAGAUAUGUUAGAGAGAGCAAAGGCAUCCUCGAGUCUUUGAGAAGGAGGGCACAAUUAAUGACAGAUGGAUUCAACAGCUGCAGAAAUGUGGUUUGCAACUUCACUGAAGGCGCCAUGUAUUCGUUCCCGCAAAUUCGCUUGCCCCCGAGAGCUUUAGAGGCUGCAAAAAAGGCUGGAAAAGUGCCUGAUGUUUUCUACUGUCUUAAGCUUCUAGAAGCUACUGGCAUUUCAACUGUCCCGGGUUCUGGGUUUGGUCAGAAAGAAGGGGUUUUCCACCUGAGAACCACAAUCUUACCAGCUGAGGAAGACAUGCCUGCAAUUAUGGAAAGUUUUAAGAAAUUCAAUGACGAGUUCAUGGAGCAAUACGAAGACCAAAGGGGAUAUUCGAGGAUGUAAAGAAAGCUUGGUUAGGCCAAGAACAUUCACAUUUGUAUUAUAAUUAAUUAACCUUUCAAAUUCUUGUAAAUUGUGGUUUCAGAACUCUCUGUUGCACUCUACUUGAUCUACAGUAAAACUUCUAUGCUCAUACAUGAAUAUUCCUCUACUAGUCAUCUUUUGUAAUUUAGUUACUAACAAACCUACAACAGUAAAAACAAUAAACUGAAGACCUUAAUUAAUC